AUGAACGCGACUAUACCGUUCUGUGCGCCCACCUCCCCAGAGGCACGUCGCGUGCAGGAGAUUCUGGACAUUGAAGCUCGGGAGGCACGCCUUAUUCUCGCCGCAGUGAACGAAAGACGAAACGAUUUCGCGUUACCUUCGCUACUCCCGCCAGAAGUACUCGCCAACGUGUUCUCCUUUUUGAUCAAGAUGGAGCCCUUGAAUCUGAAGCCUUUCUACUUUGAUAGAAUGGAAAUAGGCUGGCUCAAAGCCUCCCACGUUUGUCGACGUUGGCGCAGCACUUGUCUUAAUCAACCCUCUUUAUGGACUCGACUCCGCCCAGAUGACAGCCAACCGUGGGCUGUAUUCUUGGAACGCGCCAAAGAAGCCUCCCUCUACAUAUCGGGCAUAAAAUACACAACGUCAUGCUUUCCGCACAUACUUGCUCAUCAGCAUCAAAUACGGGAGCUCGUCCUACCCCACAUCCGCAUCGCUCACCUACAUGAACUGGUCGACGGAUUAUCCGGACCUCUGCCGCGGCUCCAGGCUCUACAGUUGCACUGCUCCUUGGACACACGUGAAGGGCUUCCGUCCCUUCACCCCAGGUUUCUGUCCGAGAUCGCUCCAAACCUUGAGGACCUCAGUCUUCACGGUGUUCAUUUCCCGUGGGGAGAGGGCUCCCCGAAGAUAACAAGAUUCGACUACGGAGGGGACACCAGAUUAUCCUCGGCACAGCAGCCGAAUGCGGUUACACCCUACUCGGAGGUGAUACGGACCAUACGCCAGAUGCCGGCCUUGAGAGUCCUGCAACUUAGGGCAACCUUUCCGGCAAACGUAUCCAAUGAUGCCCAUCUGGAACCCAUCGCCCUGAGUCAGCUACAAGUACUCAAUGUCACAGACAAACAUGACGGUUGCUGGCGUUUCUGGGCACAACUACGCAUCCCAUCAUCUGCAACCGUCUCCAUAAGCUGCAGCAAGAUCAGUGCGGUCGAUUCCCUGAUCACAGCGAGUCUCAGCAGACACCUGAGAGCCGAUACAGCGCGGCUGUUUAUUUCUCUACACAUCGCCUCUGCCUCUCACCUUCAGGGCGGCCUCAGUCUUCAUCUUGCUUCUCAACCCACAAACGUCGUACCAGUUCCGGGGAGCCGCCACCCGUCCGUCUCUCUCCUUACUGGCUCCGAAAAUGGCGCGAGCUUGGCAAGGCAAUUAUUGGAGACCAUUUCCCUUGAAAACUUGCAAGAAGUCGCGCUGUGUACAGGCUCUAUCGGGGGCGCACAGACUUUGUACAAUCUAUACUUGCCCGCUCGUUCGGUCACUAGACUGAUCCUCGGCGCGGGCAACGCUAGUGCCGGACUUGAAGCCUUGCUUCUACCCGCCUACACCGUCGGCUCAGGAGUUGAGGGCCAAAUAUUGUUCCCCAAUCUGGAGCACUUGCAACUUUCAUCGGUGCACUUUGGCGAACAAAACCCCCGCGCUGAUGGCAACAGCCACCCUCUUCACUCGACAGUGAAUACCGUUUUAGCAGAGCGAUCUGUCCUCACCGGCAGACCUCUGCCGAUCUUGCAGAUCUCGGGUUGUGACGUCCGGAAGAAUUGGGUGAAGUCAUGGGAGUUCUUGGUAGAUGAGGUCAUCUGGGAUUGUCAGGAGGGCGAGUUUGAAGAGAGCGAUUUCGAUCUCGCUCUUGACUUUGGUGGCGAUGAAGGGAUGCAGUAUAUCAAUACCGCAGGGGUUCAUAUAGUCUGA